ACAGAAGCAAAACACAGUUAUUGUAUUUUAGAAAUUGUAUAAACUCUGGCACAUAAUUUUCUUUUUAAUGAGAGCUGGAUAAUGGAAUAAAUCUCCCAUCUCCAAUACUAAAAUAAAUAAAUAAUAUAUAAUUUUUUUUAAAAAAAAAGAUUAAUUUUUGUGCAAUUUUUUAGCUAUUUUUAACGUCUGAUAAUGUGACACUCUUAAAAAAAUAAAUAAAAAUCUAAUAAUGUAAUGGCAAUUCAAUCCAAAAAGAAAAAAAAAAAUUAACAUAUUGUCCUGUUUCGAAACGCCGUCGUAUGACCUUCCUCAGAGGCAGAGCGGCAAUUUUACUUUGCUUCCAACACAACAGCUGGGCAUGUUUGUCAUCUCUGAAUCAAUAGUUAGAGAAAGAUUGAGAGCAAGAUGCUGCAAUGUAUAUUUCUCCUCUCAGAUUGCGGGGAGGUCAUUCUAGAGAAGCAGCUAACUGGUCACCGAGUAGACAGAUCCAUUUGUGAUUGGUUUUGGAAUCAAGCCAUUUCUCAAGAUGACUCCUUUAAGCAACAAUCGGUUAUUGCUUCACCAACUCAUUACCUGUUUCAAAUUGUUCGUGAGGGGAUUACUUUUUUAGCCUGUACCCAAGUUGAAAUGCCACCUUUGAUGGCCAUUGAGUUCCUCUGCAGAGUAGCUAAUAUCCUCUCGGAUUACCUUGAAGGGCUGAAUGAAGAUUUGAUAAAGGAUAACUUUGUCAUCGUGUAUGAGCUUUUGGAUGAGAUGAUAGACAAUGGAUUCCCUCUAACCACAGAACCUAACAUCUUGAGAGAGAUGAUAGCACCACCAAAUAUUGUUAGCAAAAUGCUUAGUGUUGUGACUGGUAAUAGUUCAAAUGUGAGUGAUACUCUUCCAAAUGCAACAUCAUCUUGUGUUCCAUGGAGAACAACCGACGUAAAAUAUGCUAACAAUGAAGUUUAUGUUGAUCUUGUUGAAGAAAUGGAUGCAAUUAUAAACAGGGAUGGAGUCUUGAUGAAAUGUGAAAUCUAUGGUGAACUUCAAGUGAACUCCCAUAUCACAGGUGUUCCAGAUUUGACUCUUUCAUUUACAAACCCAUCUAUACUGGAUGAUGUGAGAUUUCAUCCUUGUGUUCGGUUUCGACCUUGGGAGUCCCAUCAGAUCCUGUCGUUUGUGCCUCCUGAUGGAUUGUUUAAGCUCAUGAGUUACAGGGUUAAAAAGUUAAAAACCGUACCGAUAUAUGUAAAGCCACAACUUACAUCUGAUGCUGGGACAUGCCGCAUCAAUCUGAUGGUUGGAAUAAAAAAUGACCCUGGGAAGAUGAUCGACUCAAUAAAUGUGCAGUUCCAUUUGCCUCCUUGCAUUUUGUCAGCUGAUCUGACGUCAAAUCAUGGAGUAGUGAAUGUCCUAUCUAAUAAGAUGUGUGUUUGGUCAAUCGAUCGAAUUCCUAAAGAUAAAACUCCGUCAUUGUCUGGUACAUUAGUGCUUGAGACGGGAUUAGAGCGCCUUCAUGUAUUCCCCAUAUUUCAAUUGAGUUUUAGAAUUCAAGGUGUUGCCCUCUCAGGCUUGCAAAUAGAUAAACUGGACCUGAAGGUUGUACCUAAUCGUCUUUAUAAAGGUUUUCGAGCUUUGACACGAGCAGGACUAUAUGAAGUUAGGUCAUAGUUCAAGUUUUGUAUCAAAUUAAAUUUCCAUUUUGUUUGUGCUGCUUGAAUUGAGUGCUCUGUUUCUUGUAUUAUAAUAUGGAUUCCAGUUGAGUCCUCCAAAUACAUUGUGAAAUGAUUUUAUUGAUUUCCAAUAUGGACUUUGUACACAUUUUUCAAAAGAUAAUUGGAGUUUUAUUCAUGUUGUCCA